AUGUUCCUGCCCCUGCUGGCAAUCCUGACCCUGGCCGGGGUCCCUCUGGCCUUAGCUGAUGCCCUUGAUGAGGACAGCUCAGAGGACCGGGCCUUCCGCGUGCUCAUCGCGGGCGACGCGCCGCUGCAGGGCGUGCUGGGCGGCGCCCUCACCAUCCCGUGCCACGUUCACUACCUGCGGCCGCCACCCAGCCGCCGCGCAGCGCCUGGCUCUCCCCGCGUCAAGUGGACCUUCCUGUCGGGAGGCCGGGAGGCCGAGGUGCUGGUGGCGCGCGGGCUGCGAGUCAAGGUGAGCGAGGCCUACCGGUUCCGCGUGGCGCUGCCCGCCUACCCCGCGUCGCUCACCGACGUCUCUCUGGCGCUGAGCGAGCUGCGGCCCAACGACUCAGGCAUCUACCGCUGCGAGGUCCAGCACGGCAUCGACGACAGCAGCGACGCGGUGGAGGUGAAGGUCAAAGGGGUCGUCUUUCUCUACCGGGAGGGCUCUGCCCGCUAUGCUUUCUCCUUCACGGGGGCGCAGGAGGCUUGCGCCCGCAUCGGAGCCCGCAUCGCCACCCCGGAGCAGCUUUAUGCCGCCUACCUGGGGGGCUAUGAGCAGUGUGAUGCUGGCUGGCUGUCCGACCAGACUGUGAGGUAUCCCAUCCAGACCCCAAGAGAGGCCUGUUAUGGAGACAUGGAUGGCUUCCCUGGGGUCCGAAACUAUGGAGUGGUGGACCCGAAUGACCUCUAUGAUGUCUACUGUUAUGCUGAAGACCUAAAUGGAGAGCUGUUCCUGGGUGCCCCUCCAGACAAGCUGACAUUGGAGGAGGCGCGAGCAUACUGCCAGGAGCGUGGUGCAGAGAUUGCCACCACAGGCCAGCUGUAUGCGGCCUGGGAUGGUGGCCUGGACCGCUGCAGUCCGGGCUGGCUAGCUGAUGGCAGUGUGCGCUACCCCAUCAUCACACCGAGCCAGCGCUGUGGUGGGGGCCUGCCUGGUGUCAAGACUCUCUUCCUCUUCCCCAACCAGACUGGCUUUCCCAACAAGCACAGCCGUUUCAACGUCUACUGCUUCCGAGACUCUGUCCAGCCCUCUGCCAUCCCUGAGGCCUCCAACCCAGCCUCUGAUGGACUUGAGGCCAUUGUCACAGUGACAGAGACCCUGGAGGAACUGCAGCUGCCCCGGGAAGCAGUGGAGAGCGAGUCCCGUGGAGCCAUCUACUCCAUUCCCAUCAUGGAGGAUGGAGGAGGGGGAAGCUCCACUCCAGAAGACCCGGCAGAGGCCCCUAAGACUGUCCUAGAAUUUGAAACCCAAUCCAUUGUACCUCCCAUGGGGUCUUCAGAAGAGGAAGGCAAGGAUGAAGAAGAAAAAGAGGAGGAGGAUGAAGAGGAGAAAGUGGAAGAGGAGGCCUUAUGGGCCUGGCCCAGCGAGCUCAGCAGCCCGGACCCAGACACCCCUCAUCCCACCUUAGAGGAUUUGCUGUCCCAGGCAACUCCACCAACAAGGGCAGUCCUACAGCCUGGUGCAUCACAAUCUCCUGAUAGAAAACCAGAAGCUCCCAGGCCUCCAAGGGUCCUUGGACCACCCACUGAGACUCUGCCUACUCCCAGAAAGGGGAACCUGGCAUCCCUGCCACCUUCCACUCCAGUUGGGGAGAGAGAGGUGGGGAGGGAGACUGGGAGUCCUGAGCUGUCCGGGGGCCCCAAAGGAGAGAGUGAGGAGAUAGGGAGCUCCGAGGAGGCCUCUUCCCUGCUUCCAGCCACACCGGCCCCUGAGGGCACCAGGGAGCUGGCGGCCCCCUCCGAAGAGAAUUCUGGAAGAACUGUCCCAGCAGGGACCUCAGUGCAGGCCCAGCCAGUGCUGCCCACUGACAGCGCCAACCGUGGUGGAGUGGCCGUGGCCCCCUCAUCAGGUGUCUGUGUCCCCAGCCCCUGCCACAAUGGUGGGACAUGCUUGGAGGAGGAGGAGGGGGUCCGCUGCCUAUGUUUGCCUGGCUAUGGGGGGGACCUGUGCGAUGUUGGCCUUCGCUUCUGCAGCCCUGGUUGGGACGCCUUCCAGGGCGCCUGCUACAAGCACUUUUCCACUCGAAGGAGCUGGGAGGAGGCAGAGACCCAGUGCCGGAUGUACGGCGCGCACCUGACCAGCAUCAGCACGCCCGAGGAGCAGGACUUCAUCAACAAUCGCUAUAGAGAGUACCAGUGGAUCGGACUCAACGACAGGACCAUCGAAGGCGAUUUCCUAUGGUCAGAUGGCGUCCCCCUGCUCUAUGAGAACUGGAACCCUGGGCAGCCUGACAGCUACUUCCUGUCCGGAGAGAACUGUGUGGUGAUGGUGUGGCAUGACCAGGGGCAAUGGAGUGACGUGCCCUGCAACUACCACCUGUCCUACACCUGCAAGAUGGGGCUGGUGUCCUGUGGGCCCCCACCAGAGCUGCCCUUGGCUCAAGUGUUUGGCCGUCCUCGGCUGCGCUAUGAAGUGGACACUGUGCUUCGUUACCGGUGCCGGGAGGGGCUGGCCCAGCGAAACCUGCCACUGAUCCGCUGCCAGGAGAAUGGUCACUGGGAGCCCCCCCAGAUCUCCUGUGUGCCUCGCAGGCCUGCUCGAGAAUGGCACCCAAUGAAGGCCCUAGAAGGCCCUCGGGGGAGGCAUUGGAAGGCCCCACGGACCUCUCCUUCCAGUUCCACUCCAGGAAGUGACAUCAUGAGAGGGGUGGAGCUGGAGUCCAGGUGACAGUGUCUGAAGGGGCUUCUGGGAAAUACCUGGGUGCCUCUGGCCCAGCCCUGGCCUCUUACCCUUACCCAGGGCAUCAGAUUUUCCCCUCAAGGCCUUGAGUAAGCCCCUAAGUGCCUCUACUGCCCUCUUCUUGCCAACUAUCCUGCCCCCUCCAUUCCCCUGGGGAGUACUGUGCCUGCUUAUUAAGUUUUCCAAGGGAAUAGGUUUGCAGGAUAAGCACCUGUAAAACCAGCAGGAAAUAAAGCGGUGUUUGAGC